AUGAAAACGUCUGAAAAGUCCGAAGCUAGAGAAAUUAUUAAUGAGAGGUACUCCACAUAUGAUACUAGCAGUGGGUCGGAUUCCUUACUUCCAACUUAUGAUUCGAUAACGGAAAAUUUUGAGGAAGGAUUGGAAGUUCAAGGAUAUCAUGAGGACUUGAUUGGAGUUAAGGAGUAUGCCAGGAAUAUUAUUAGACAUCCUGGUCGUAAAGUUGUUAAUUAUCUUCAUUCCCUAUUUCCUAUUGUGGACUGGAUAGCCUACUAUCCUUUCAAACCAAGUUGGAUUUAUAGUGAUUUCGUGGCCGGCUUAACGGUGGCUAUUGUUUUAGUUCCCCAGGGAAUGUCCUACGCUCAGUUGGCCCAAUUAAGUCCAGAAUAUGGUCUUUAUUCGUCCUUUGUAGGACUCAUGAUUUAUGCAUUUUUUGCAACCAGUAAAGAUGUGUCUAUUGGACCUGUGGCUGUGAUGAGUUUGGAAGUUGGUAAGAUUAUCAUCAGAGUCCAGAAUAAGUACGGAGAUGCUUAUACCGCUUCGGAAAUUGCAACCACUUUGGCUUUACUUUGUGGUGCUAUUACAUUGGGUAUUGGCUUAUUGAGGAUUGGUUUCUUAAUUGAGCUAAUUCCUCUUCCUGCUAUCUUAGCCUUCAUGACUGGUUCAGCUUUCAAUAUUAUGGUUGGUCAGAUCCCUGGUCUUAUGGGCUUUAAUAAAGCCGUUAACACCAGGCAAGCUUCUUACAAGGUGGUGAUCAACAUUUUAAAGAACUUGCAUAAGACUAAGGUUGAUGCUGCCUUUGGAUUGGUCUGUCUUUUUAUUCUUUACGCUUGGAGGUAUCUUGCUGCUUUGCUAUACAAGCAUCAUCCUAAAAACAAGUUGUUCUUUUAUCUACAGCAUAUUAGAGCUGCAGUGGUGAUUAUAUUUGCAACACUAAUAUCCUACCUUAUCAUCAAAAGCUAUCCUUCUGGUGAGAAGCCUCCAUUUAGUAUCAUUGGAGUUAUCAAAUCUGGUCUUGGUGAUGUCGCUUUGUUCCGUCCACCAGCUGGUUUGGCUAGAGAUCUUACUUCAGAGUUGCCAGUGGCUACGAUUGUGUUGGUUUUGGAGCACAUUUCGAUCUCCAAAUCCUUCGGACGUUUGAAUGACUACCAAAUAAAUCCAAAUCAAGAGUUCAUUGCUAUUGGUGUCACCAACUUGAUUGGAACUUUCUUCCACGCUUAUCCUGCCACUGGUUCAUUCUCUAGAACCGCCCUUAAGUCCAAAUGUGGUGUGAGAACUCCCUUUGCUGGUAUCUUUGGAGGUUCUUGCGUUCUAUUGUCUAUUUAUUGCUUUACCUCCGCUUUCUAUUACAUUCCGAAGGCUGCUUUAUGUGCCAUUAUUAUUCACGCUGUUAGUGACUUGAUGACUCCUUGGCGUGUUACCUGGAACCUCUUGAAAGUUAGUCCCAUCGAUUGUGGAAUAUUUGUUGUUGGCGUUUUCGUUGCUGUCUUUUCUGCUAUUGAAAAUGGCAUUUAUUUCGCCAUUGCAGCAGCUGCUGCACAUGUUCUCUGGAAUCUCUGCAUCACCAAUGGAGUCUUUUUAGGUCGUAUCAAGGUUACUGAAGCUGUGAAUCCAAUUAUCCGUCGAAAGGGUCAGCCGUCUUCUAGUUCCAAUGACCCUUCUUCUGUUCAAAUUGUUUCUCAUUACAAGUGGAUUCCCUUGCCAAAUUAUGCUGAAAAUCCAAGUAAGGUGCAUAUCAGGUAUAUUAAUAACAGACUCAAUGUUGAAUCUCCUCCACCUGGUGUGGUGGUUUACAGACUUUCAGAGAGUUUUAUAUAUCCCAACUGUGCCCGUCAAGCAGAUACGAUUUUGAAUGAAAUAAAAACAAAAUCCAAGGACUGCCGCUUGAACCGUGAAGCAACGUGGAAUAAUCCAGGAGUAUUGGAGGUUAAGAAUCCGUUCAGGGGUAGUAUAACUGCAAUCAAACAGGUUGCUGGAAGAAUUACGAGUAAGGCUAAAAGAGAGCAGUACCGAAUAGAGCAGGAAGAAAAGGGAAUAACGGAUGAAACCACUCUCAGAUUCAAUCCAGAUGAUCAUCGUCCGGAAUUGAAAGUACUUCACUUGGAUUUCUCACAGGUUUCCUCCAUUGACACCACAUCCAUUCAAGCUUUAAUUGACUUGAAGAAAGCCAUAACUUUACAUUCUGGCUAUGAUUUCGAGAUCCAUUUCUCUGGAAUUGUCAAUCCGUGGGUUAUUAGAGGUUUAGUUAAUGCUGGUUUUGGUGGUCAAAGCGAUCAAGGGCGCACCACUUCUUCGAGUCCUCGAGAAACCGUUCCUGAUGAAGAAAGUCAGCCCGAUACUGAUGAACCUAUGUCCUUGAUUGAGAUCGCUAAUAAGCCCCAAGCAGAUGUUAAUAAGAGAAGAUAUCUGGAUGUGGGUAUUGAAGAAGGAAAGUUGAAAGCCAUAUACGACAACAGGCAUCCGCACUUCCAUUUCGACAUUCCAUCAUAUUCCGAGUUUGAUCUUUAA